GCGUCGUCGUCGUCGUUGCUUGUCGGUGAUCGCUCGAACGUUGAACGUUUGUCGUUGUGUUUGCCUGUUGCGCUCUAGCGGUUUUUUGUCUACGCAUUUUACGGUAUAAUAUUUUGAGUGACUGUCAAGUUUUCUUUUUGAUAUAAUCGCGCAAAUUAUAAAUAAAAACAGAUUGAUAAUUUGAAACCGACAACCAAUUAAAACAGAAAAAAAAACAGCAAACAAAACACACAAACUACAAAAUGUAUGUGCCAUUAUAGAUAAAAAGCAGGAAAUUCAUUAUUGGAGCAGCAGUAUCAUAGAAACUAAGUCACGCCUGGAGCCAGUACCAUUGAUGCAUAAUAUAUGGACUUGAGCCAAAUGAAAUAUACAACACAUAUGCUAUUAUCUUGAGAGCAGCAUUCGAGACGCAGUCACUUUGAGCACCAACUUAAAACCUAAGGAAAACUAAAAGCACACUUCAUACACACAUACACAUACACACAAUAUGGGCAAAGAUUAUUAUAAGACUUUAGGCAUAGCCAAAACUGCCACCGACGAUGAGAUUAAGAAGGCCUACAGAAAACUGGCGCUACGUUACCAUCCGGACAAGAAUAAAGCCGCAAAUGCUGAGGAGAAAUUCAAAGAGGUCGCCGAAGCGUACGAAGUGCUCUCGGAUAAGAGCAAACGCGAGGUGUACGACAAAUACGGCGAGGAUGGACUAAAGAGUGGCGGCACUAGGAAUGGCGGCGGCAGCAACAAUACAUUUACAUAUCAGUUCCAUGGAGAUCCUCGGGCCACAUUCACACAGUUCUUUGGCAACAGCAAUCCGUUUGCCUCGUUCUUUGACAUGGGCGACAAUCUGUUUGAUAAGAAUGUCUUUGAUUUGGAUACCGAACCAGAUUUCUUCUCAUCGCCAUUUGGUGGUCUCGGCUCUCGGCAUGGCUUAGGCAGCGCCUUCAGGCCCUCUUUCAGAUCACACUCCUUCAAUGUGCACACGCCGUUCAAGAAGGAACAGAAACAGGAUCCACCCGUCGAGCAUGAUCUCUAUGUGACGCUGGAGGAGAUCUAUCAUGGCUGUGUUAAGAAAAUGAAAAUCUCACGUCGUGUCGUCCAUCCCGAUGGUACAUCCAAAAAGGAGGAUAAAGUACUACAGAUAUCGAUCAAACCCGGCUGGAAAUCGGGCACCAAAGUCACGUUCCAAAAGGAGGGCGAUCAGGCGCCUGGCAAAAUACCAGCGGAUAUUGUGUUCAUCAUUCGGGACAAGCCACAUGCCAUGUUCAAGCGAGAGGGCAGCGAUUUGCGCUAUACGGCGAGAUUAACGCUCAAGCAGGCACUGUGCGGCGUUGUCUUCCAAGUUCCUACAAUGUCCGGCGACAAACUGCGGAUCAGCACCAUGCAGGAGAUCAUCAAGCCGAACACUGUGAAACGCAUCCAGGGCUACGGUCUGCCCUUCCCCAAGGAUACCACGCGCAAGGGCGAUCUCCUGGUGGCCUUCGACAUCCAAUUUCCCGAGAAACUAACUGCCGCACAAAAGGAAGUGCUCCGAGACAUGUUAUGAACGUUAUGACGAGGAGAUGACGAUGACCCAGAUGCAGAUGCAACAACGACAGCGACUCACUCACCCAUUACUCAGCUAAACAACAAAACACACUCAGUCUUCAAUGAAUAUUUAGUUAGUCAUACUACUAAAAUCACUACGCUAUUCGUUAUUCACAACUCAUUUGCAAAACUAUUUGAGUAACUGGAUACUGUGUAUUGUAUUGUAACAUAACAUCCAUUGUGUCAUCAUCAUCAUCAACAUCAUUUUGAAAGUUAUUCUUCGAUAAGCAGCAGCAGCAGGCGCAUUUCGUUUUGUGUUCAAAAUUAUAUUGUGCUUAUUUUACAGGAAUUGUAUUGUAUUGUCUAAUUUUGCUCAUUCACCAUCCACUUCUCCACCCCUUACCCAAUCCCUCGCCCCCUGUCCCGCCAUGAAGUUGCAAUAAUACAUAGUUCGUGCAUAUGUUGACCAUAGUUAUUAUAUCGUAUAAUUCUUAAUUUAUUUGUCUAAAUUAAAGCUACGUAUAAUAAAAACACACAACAAACAUUUGUGAAAAAACAAGCGAAUUCAUAAGGAAUACGUGUAUUUUUAUUUUCUUUUUUCUGUAUUGAUAAGGUAUUAUUAAGCAACAGCAUUUUAAAUGAGCAUUUUACAUAAGGAUUCGAAUUUUUUUACAAGUUAUGAAAAUAAUUUAUAGUCUUGUUUUCGAAAAUUUGAAGAUAUCUAACAGAUAUUGUUUACGAUUUAUUUUAGAAAUUGUUUUUCAUUGUUUUCAAACAUUUCAAGUAAUUUUUUUUAUUGCAUAUCAGUCAUUGUAUUAUAGUAAAAUAUCCAAAUAUGUAAACAGAAAAUUUUUUACCGAUUGAAUAAUUUCAUGACAGCAUGCUCAACAUUUAAAAGUUAAGUAUACAUACCUAUUUGUAUGUUAACUUAUUAACGCUUAUUACUAAGCCAAACUUCUGCUUAUUUCAGCGUAAUUAACAAACAAAUUCAAGCAAGAAAAGUUGCAACUACAAAGGACCUGUCAACAUGAAAGGAAUGUAAGGAACGUAUUUAAGGAAAAAGGCAUUAACUUUUCUUGUUCGAUUGGCAGGACAUCUCGGAAAAACAGCCGGUGCUUUGAUCUUGCAAAGGACUAAUUGAAUUACGACAUCCAUAAAUUUAUAUAUUUAAAAUAUUGUUAAAAAACAAAUGUUAAUAACAUGUUCAAUUAUUAUUAAUAUUUUAUCGAAAUAACGAACAUAAUUCCUUAUUGCGACUAAGGCCUUCGGCUAACAUGUUAAAUUAAUUCUUACUGAAUACAAAUACGACUUAGUUUACUUUACUAUUUAUUGUACAACAAUCAUUAAAAAAUAGAACAAA